AUGCCCUCAGUCAGGUCUACGGGCUCCGAAGUUUCACAGAAAGAGUUCAAGGGUCACUCAAAAGAGGUGCUCGCAAUCGCUUACUCGCCUGAUGGCAAAUUGAUUGCGUCCGGCUCUGCGGAUACGACGAUAAGGAUUUGGGAUUCCCAUGCUGGCACGCAGGUCGGAAAGCCCCUGGAAGGUCAUCAAAACUAUGUCAAGGCAGUCGCAUUCUCUCCCGACGGAAGUCACAUCGCAAGCGGCUCUCUCGACAACACGAUCCGUGUCUGGAGCGUUCGGACCCACCAGGAAAUUCCACGUACGAAGGAGCUCGCUAUGGAUCCUUUCAUAGGACACACCGGUACAGUGACCGCCGUCAAUUUCACACCUGAAGGCACCUCUGUCGUCAGCGCUAGUGAAGACAGAACAAUUCGUAUAUGGGACACACGCACCGGUAAAUCGCUUCGAACCAUCAAAGGUCACGAAGACCGAAUAAACGCUCUCGAUGUGUCUCCAGACGGAUCAAGGAUCGCGAGUGGAUCAUGGGACCAUAUGGUACGCAUCUGGGACAUCAACACCGGUCAGCGGGUAGCGGGCCCAUACAAACACGGCGACUACGUGCGAUCUGUUUGUUUUUCGCCUAGCGGGUCGUGUCUUCUAUCCGGCUCUGACGACAAAACGGCGCGGGUCUGGGAUAUAUCUACCGGACAAGAGGUUCUGAAGGUGGAACAUGAUAAAUGGGUGAAAUGCGUGCACUAUGCACCUGACGGACGCACCUUUCUUAGCGCUUCGGAUGACAAUACCAUUCGGACUUGGAACGUGAGCACCGGCAAAAUGUUUCACUCUCUUGAACAUGAGAGCGAUGUCGGUGCAGCUGCUUUCUCGCUGGAUGGAACGCGUAUUGCGAGUGGAACGAUCAACGGGUAUAUUAGGAUAUGGGAGGCAACGGGCGGGAAGUUGCUCUUGGGCAAGGUACGUGAUAGACGUACGUUAUAA